CCCCUCGGCAUUUCCGAUUUAUUUUCCCCUCCCUCAUCCCCAUGCCGGAUUUCGGCCCCGCCCCCUGCAUCAUUUCCGGGUUUCCCCUUCCGGUUCCUCCACCCUCAUGCCGGGUUCCCGGCCCCGCCCCUCCUUGGUUCCGUAUUUGCUCCCGGGCCUGACCCUCUACCGGGGCCGGCUCCCGUUCCCCCCCACCCCCCCCCCCCCCCCCCCCCCCCCCCCCCCCCCCCCCUCAUUCUCCAGUCUCCUACUCGGUCUGGCCUCUGCUGUGCCCCCGUAGGACCGAGCUCUGGAUUUUUUCCCCGCUGCAUUGCAGUCUCAGGUUCCCCGGUGGGGCCGGGACGGCCGCAGCCCAUGGAGUCCCAAUGUGAUUACUCGAUGUAUUUCCCUGCGGUGCCGCUGCCCCCCAGGGCGGAACUGGCCGGAGAUCCUGGCCGCUAUCGGGCGCUGCCACGGAGGAAUCACCUUUACCUGGGGGAGACAGUGCGUUUUCUGCUGGUGCUGCGCUGCCGGGGGAACACUGAGGCUGGCGCCGGGGUCGGGUCCGGGGCAGUCCCAGGAGGUGGCUGGGGCGAGCUGGCCGCUGCCCUGGCGGCCCUGGCCUCGGUCAGCGCUGGAAGUGGGGCACCGGGCUCCGGAGAGCUGGACGGGCAAUCCCCCGGGGGUGUGGGGCUGUUUUCGGACUGCAGCCCCCUUCUCACUCAUGGCCCGAGCCCUGCCACAGGCGGGGGAACAACCAUGUUACCUGUGGAAGAGCCAAUUGUGUCCACAGAUGAAGUCAUCUUUCCACUAACCAUUUCAUUGGACAAACUGCCCCCAGGCACACUUAAGGCCAAGAUUGUAGUUACUGUGUGGAAAAGGGAGGUUGAGACAGCAGAGGUCAGAGAUCAUGGCUACCUGAGAAUGCUGCAGACUCGGGCCCCUGGGGAGACAUUCCGAGGGGAGCAAAAUGCAUUCAAGGCCCAAGUGAGUACCCUGCUGACCUUAUUGCCCCCUCCUGUUCUGAAAUGUCGACAAAUUACUGUGGCUGGAAAACACCUGACAGUGCUCAAGGUGCUGAAUAGUUCCUCACAAGAGGAAAUUUCUAUCUGGGACAUCCGCAUCCUCCCCAACUUCAAUGCCAGUUAUCUGCCUGUCAUGCCUGAUGGUUCUGUGCUGCUGGUGGACAAUGUCUGUCACCAGUCUGGGGAGGUCUCCAUGAGCUCCUUUUGUCGUCUUCCUGGUUCUUCUGGCUGCUUCCCGUGCCCCCUUAGUGCUCUGGAGGAACAUAACUUCCUGUUCCAACUGAGGGCAGGCGAACAACCACCUCCAAAAGGACAGGAGGGUUUAGAGGUAUCUCUGAUUGCUAUAGUUCAGUGGUCUACACCUAAGUUACCAUUCACUCAGAGCAUCUACACCCACUACCGGCUACCUAGCAUCCACUUGGACCGUCCAUGCUUUGUAAUGACUGCCUCAUGUAAAUCCCCUGUGAGAGUACAUGAGCGUUUUAUUGUUACCUACACACUGCUUAACAAUUUACAGGAUUUCCUUGCUGUUAGGCUCGUCUGGACCCCAGAGACUGCACAAACUGGAAAGCAGCUAUGUGAAGAAGAGCGCCGGGCUAUGCAGGCUGCCUUGGACUCUAUCGUUUGUCACACACCUCUCAACAAUCUUGGUUUCUCCAGAAAGGGUACUGCGCUCACUUUCAGUGUGGCCUUCCAAGCCCUAAGGGCUGGACUCUUUGAGUUGAGCCAGCACAUGAAGCUGAAGUUGCAGUUUACUGCCAGUGUAUCCCACCCCCCACCAGAGGCCCGGCCUUUGUCACGAAAGAGCAGUCCUAGCAGCCCUGCUGUUCGAGAUUUCAUGGAGAGACAUCAGGGUAGCUUGGGCAGGUCCCAGUCCUUCUCCCACCAGCAGCCUUCCCGAAGCCACCUCAUGAGGUCAGGCAGUGUGAUGGAACGACGUGCUAUCACGCCUCCAGUGGCCUCUCCUGUAGGCCGUCCCCUCUACCUGCCUUCAGAUAAGGCUAUGCUGUCUCUGGACAAGAUUGCCAAGCGUGAAUGCAAAGUCCUGGUGGUUGAACCUGUCAAGUAGAGGAAACUGGAUCCUUACUCCCCAUUUACACUCCUAGAAAUUGGAAACCCCCUGGAAGGGGUCCUCGCCUUGCAGCUGAUUUUACUCUCCUAGGAUAUUCCCCAUGGGGGAGAUAAUGUAGCUGUCUGUGUCUGCUGUUUUAAAGGAAAGAGUCAAAGUUGAAUUUGGAACUAGGGCUGGGGGGGAAAAAGCCAACAGUAUUUCCUUAUGUUCCUGUCGGGGAGGGCUGGUCCCAUCUCCAGUUCUGUUCCCCACUCUCUCUCACUCUUUUCUGGGUCUAAGUUUACAAAAGAUUUUUCUUUUACUCAUGACAUUCCCUUCUCCAAACCAGCAGAGGCUGAAUUUGGAAAAUGGUAAUGAUCCAGUAGAUCUCAAUACUUGUCCCCCCAGACUCAGGUACCAGGGGUGGGGCAAUGAUUUCAUCCCUUCCCCCAAUUCAUGUUUCUAUCUCUAUAUCUUUAUGCACUUUAAUUUAAAUGUCUUUGUCCAUGUAAUUUCUUCAUGUCUCCUAUCACUUCCAAUUGAAUCGAGACCAUUAAAUGUCUGCCCAGGAGGAAGGAGAAAUCAA